AUGGCACCUCGACCAGAUCUCUACCCUCUCAAGACUCCAAAGAACCUCACAUUCCCAUCGGAGCUCCAAGAGUAUCUUCGCCCUGCCAAUGCAGAGCCAGCUCGAUGCAACGAUGGCAAAGGCCCAUCAGUGCCACCACCUCUUGCAUACACAGAGUUCUUGAAAGCCCUCAGCCCAGUAUUCGGCAGUCCCCCAGCAUCCGCCAAUACUGCAUACUCAGGCUACUCCAUGAACAAGCAACUCCCAUCACCGCAAUCCCUCCCCUCAACAGCCUCAACCACCUCCUCUUUCCCCGGUGAUGCCUCAGCCAGACCAGCAUCAAGAACCCAUGCUCGCACACGCUCAGGGCCUCCUACUCCUAUGAAUGCUCCUCGCUCUGCAGCUGAGCACAACCAUCUCCGUCGUCUGAGACCAUCGCCGUCCUACCCGUACUCACCUACGGUUGUCAUGGACUCGCCCAGGAGCGCGCACCCAGCCCGCUCCCCAUAUCUGCCUCUGGAGCGGAGAGUGCGCUACGUUGAGUCUCCCACAAGUGCAACGUCAAGGUCCAUCACUAUCCAACAUGUCGUUACGCAGACUGUGACCCUCAAGCGUGUGCCUUCCCUUGCGCCUCCGCCCAAGGGCAAGCGAAGAAGGACGGCCCAGGCUAAGCAAUGA